AUCUAAGAACACACAACAAGCCUUCAAGCUACGUAAAUAUCUUCAAAAAAUGUGCGGGAUAAUAUGUGCCAAGUCAGGUUGAAUUCGCUUUAAAACUCGUUUCUCACGGGUUUUUGAUUGGGAACAAAGACAGAACUAGAAUGAUUACACAGUCUCAGCGUCACAUUUUCUGAAUAAUUCAGUCAAGAAGCUCCCAUCUUUUCUUAUAAUUAAUGUACAAUUUGUUCGAUCGUCGAGCCCGCGCUGAUACACGAAAGAAUGUCCCAGAUACAAUAUACGUACAUAGAGUCACACAGGGAGAGAAAGAGAGAAAAGUUGAUCCACUUUCCCUGAGGUUUUCGUUCCAGUUACCAUGACUCCCUAAAGCUAGAACCGACCAAACAAACUUAUUCUCCCCUCUUUUUCUCUCCUCCAUAUUGGAAUGAAAGAGGUGUUCGAGGAGCUCAAGUUCAGUUUUCCUCGUUGUCAUCGAGUUUCCUGCCGUUUCCAGACAAGAAGCAAAAGAUCCUCAAUUCGACAUUUCGGAUUCAGCAAAGAAAAAAGCCUUCAAGAUGGAACGUCGAUACGAGCCACCCAUGGAGGAUGAAAGGGAAGUUUUGGGCAAGGGCACCGUCUCAUUGUCCACAGCCACGGUGCCGCAACCGUUGUUAGGCUCCUAUUUGCCCGUGAAUCCCGUGCAACGCUACACCUUCAAGAAGUGGGCUCCAGACGAUUGGAACCGAAACAUUGAGACUAAACGGUUCCAAUCGAAUCGGGAUCGGGAUGCUUCACGCGUGCUUCGAAGUGAGGCCAAGGAGCUAAUUGCUAGUUCCACAACCAAGUCCAAUCGAACCCAGACUGAGGUGACUGAGAGGUUGGGGGAACGAGUUCAAAGCAUUAGCUAUUGGAAAUUUGAAUUGGAGCGAGGGAUUCAAGACAUGACAAGUGAAAUCGAUCUCAUGGUGGACGAGAUUCGCCGGGUGGAGAAUGCUAUCCAGGCCACGGAGUCGCCCAUGUUGAUUGCCAGGGACUGCUUGGCCAAUCGGCAGCGCCGCAUUGAUUCGGACCUGGUUCAGGACGAUGCUGAAAAGGCUCUUCUCAAGGAACUCGAGAUCAUAACCGAUGUACGAGACACCUUGAAGCGGACGUUGGAGAAUGCCAGGGAUCAGCAGUCCACCAAUCGCGAUUGCAAGCAUCAAUUGGAAAUGGAUUGGAGCGACAAGUUUUCCGCCAAUCACUUGGACUCGAAGAGUGUGAGUUUAAAAAACUCCCGAGGAAAUAUCGUUUACAAGGCGGGCUCCGCCAUCUACAAAGAAGUCGAAUCCCAUCCCGAGAACUGGUUGGAAUUCAGUCAGGCCAAUCUUCGUCGGAGCGAGCAGGAACGCGAGGCCUCGAUGAGAUUAAGAGGAUCCAUGGCCGCCACCCUGUCUCGGACCAGUCAGGACAUGCGAGAACAAGCCGAUCGAGUGGAAGGAGCUCUUAAUCGCAGGGUGGCAGAGACUGAAGAGGCCGCGCGGCAUUUGGAAACCGAACUCAAAGAGACUGUGGAGGAGAUAACUGGAUUAGAGGCCACUAUUGAUCAGUUAAAGGAAGCUCAUUGGGAGAAACAAAAGCCUUUGAAAGUUGCUCAAACACGCCUGUCCAAUCGGCAUCUUCGACCCAAUGUGGAGCUUUGUCGAGAUGAUCCAGCUCAUGGAUUGAUCGAGGAGGUUGAUGAGCUGGAAAAGGAUUUGCGCCGCCUUGAGCUCACCACUGAUCAUGCCGAGGAUCGCCUUCGAGACCUUCAGCAUACACGGCUCUCUCUGGAAAAAGAGCUCGACAUCAAAAGGAAUUCCCUUAUCAUUGAUCGGGAUAGAUGUCUCAAAGUGAGGGGCAUGUUCCCGUCCACUAAUUUGCUCAGCGGAUAUCGAAACACCACUGCUCUGUAAAGACAAUGAAUGAAUGGAAAUAAUAGUACGGGGACAAUAUUUGACUACGCACAAAAUCCACACAGUAAGAAGGUUUGGUUCGUGCACUCAUACUUCAACACCAUUGACAAAUUGUCGACCAUUUUUCAAGUCUAAUUAGUCCGAAUAUAUGUCAAAGCUUGUCUGUUUUCACCCUCUUUCAUCACCACUUUUUCAUGCUAUCACAUUUGGUGUCAACACAACUGUCUAAUAAAACCCCACCA